AUGUGUCGUUUCAUGAUUUUCAAGGGUAAAGAGCCGAUGGUUCUCGAAGACCUUUUGACGAAACCUGCCCACUCUAUCAUCAACCAGAGUUUUGAUUCGAGGCUUCGGCUUGACAUGAGGAACCCCGUCAACGGUGAUGGGUUUGGAGUUGGCUACUACUCUAGUUCCCAACAUCCUUGUGUUUUUAAAGCUAUAACUCCUGCUUGGAACAACGUUAACUUGAAUAGUUUGGCCACAUGUACCGAGUCCAACUUGGUGUUUGGCCAUGUACGAGCAUCGACCCAAGGGGUGUUGGCAGAGACAAACUGCCAUCCCUUUUCGUAUGGGAAGAUAAUGUUUAUGCACAAUGGAGGAAUCCUGGCAUUUGAUAAAAUCAAGAAGACCAUAAUCAACUACAUAGAAGACAAAUUUUUCUUGUUAAUCCAGGGCUCAACCGAUUCGGAAUGUUGCUUUGUGUUGUUUCUUGAUACUUUGUACAAAAUGGGAUAUGAUCCUUCAGAUGCUUCAGUUCGUUUCAACCACCAGGUAUUAAGACAGGCAUUAUUGACAACAAUUGAACUCAUCAAGAACUGGCAAGUGGCCAUAACAUCCGAGCCUUCACUACUUAAUUUUGCCGUAACUGAUGGAGAACUGGUGGUGGUAAGCAGGUACAUCACCUCCAAGACCGAUGAGGCCGCUUCUCUCAACUUCAGUACUGGAUCGAGGUUCUUUGAAUACGCCCCGGGUCGGUUCAAAAUGGAGAGAUUGGAUAGAGCUCAAGACGUGAUUUUUGUGGCAAGUGAGCCUUUGACAUUUGAGAGGAACGACUGGAUGAACGUGCCUACCAACACCACCAUCACCAUCAGCAAGACCAACUCGGUGUUGAUGCACCCGAUCAUGGACGAAUUCUACGAUUCUGAUGGUCAUGAGAGAUCUUCUGCGUUGGCCUUGUCCAAGGGAUUAAUCGGAGGAGUUCCUAAACCCGAAUCAGAUUCUGAUAUCGAUAACGAUAGCCAUAUUAACUUAACGCACGAACCCUUAACCCAGAUGACCGGAAAAGUCUACUAA